AUGGUGGGCGAUUUCAACUCCAGACUAGGGAAAUCUUCCAGUAGAGGACAGGCGAUCGGGCAGCACGGAGAAGACAAAGUGAAUGACAACGGAGUGAGGAUGCUUGAAUUCUUGGGAAGCAACGAACUGAUGGUGUUGAACGGUAGAAGGGAAUGCGAUAAGCCGGAGUUCACCAGGCAACGGGCAGCUUGCAAUGAAUACUCGAUCCUCGACUACAUCCUGGUAGAUAUAGGGGGAGCACGCAGAUCCCAGAGCUGCACGUGGAACGUAGAGCGUUUGGGAGACGAGGGGACACGGGAUGAAUUCCAGAAAGGACUGGCUGGUAGUGUAGAACCCUUCAGGAAACUGGAGAGAAGCGUCGAAGACGGACAGGGAGACGUACAAGCAGCAGGGGACAGGGUGAUUGAAGGGUGGGAGUCCAUCGUGAACGCAACAGCCGAGAGAGUAGUGGGAAAGAAGGUGGGAAAAAGGGAAGUCCUAGCAGGACACUACAAGAGACUUGGAGUGCCCUCGGAGAAUGAAGCUUUUGACCAAGUGUUCAAGAAGGAGGUGGACGCAUGGGCCCAGAAAGAAGAAGAGACAUUGAAGGCAGACGUUGGGAACGUAGAACUAGAAAAGGAGUUCACUGAGGACGAGGUUGAGGCGUGUGUGAACAAGGUGAAGUGCCACAAAGCAGCAGGAGCUGAUGGGAGAGUCAACGAGUUCAUGAAGUUUGGCGGGAAGGGGAUGAUCCAGCUGAUGGAAGGAGUAGUUGUGAACUUGUUUAAGAAAGGAGACAAGACUGACCCAGGAAACUUCAGGGGGAUCACACUGUUGAACACAGGUGGAAAAGUAUUCUGUAAGCCGCUGAACGAUAGGAUAGUGGGAGUAUUGGAGAAGGAACAUAGCAUUAGUGAGGGCCAGGGAGAAUCAUCCAAGGUAGAAAGGGCGGAAAAAAAGCCGACGUACUGCUCCUUCCUGGACGUGCACAAGGCAUACUACACCGUAUGGAGAAGUGGGUUGUGGAAACAACUGUCCGAAAACGGGAUCAAGGGGAAAAUGUGGAGAGUGCUGAAGAAGAUGACAGAGUGUACGAAAAGCGCGGGGGACCCACAAGGUUGCACGCUGUCCCCAACAUUGUUCCAGGUGUUCAUCAACGAUCUGUUGGAAGUCGUAGAGGCAGUCCGGAAGGGAGCAAAAGUAGGGGACACGGAAAGGUCGGUUUCGAGAAUGCUGUUUGCGGAUGAUUUUGUCGGUAUGUCGGACACCCCUGAGGGACUGCAACUGCAAAUUGACGCGGCGAAGAAGUUUACUGAUAAGUGGACAUUGUCUGCCAGCGUUAAGAAGAGUGCCGUCAUGGCAUGCAACGAGAACAAGGAAAAACCAGUUGAACAUCGAUGGAAGUGGGGGAUCAAAGAUAUUGCAGUAGUGGACCAGUACACAUAUCUCGCAGUAGGGAUCGCAAAAGACUGCUGGUGGAAUGCACACAUGUCCAAGGUAGUGAAAGAACUCGAGGCGACGCAGAUGAAAGCAGCGAAAAUCAUCCUAGGAUGCUCCAGGCGCACAAGUAAUGCAGCCGUGAGGGCAGAAUUGGGGAUCCAAUCCCUACGGUCGGGAAGAGACGCGAGGAAGCUGACCUGGCAGUAUCGCAUGUGCGGGAUGGGAGAGGAGAGGUUGCCGAGGAUUGUAUGGGAGGCGAAGUGGGCAAACAAAAAGAGGGGUAGCCAACCCACGGAAUGGGUCAAGGUUGUAGAGGACGUAUGGAAGGGGCUCGACAUCGACGAAGAUGAAACGCUGGAAACGGAGGGUCUACAGGGGUCCAGGGAGAGGACAGGGGACAUACGCCUUCGAGACCGUCGAUGA